GGAUGACGUCAGCCCGUCUGUGCGGCGGAGUGCUAACGCUAACGCUGGCGGACUGUUGACGUUUCGCUUUGACUCUGUUGUUUUCAGUCAGGUCCGCUUCCCGCGGUGUUUAUUGACCUUAUUCAACAUUAUAUAUUUUAUAUCUACGGUUUUUUUACGCGAGUGACGCUCAGAAUCCGCCAAAAUGAAAUGGAUGUUUAAAGAAGACCAUUCUCUGGAGCACCGGUGUGUGGAAUCUGCCAAAAUCCGCAACAAGUACCCAGACAGGGUUCCAGUUAUCGUAGAGAAGGUGUCCGGCUCUCAGAUAGUGGACAUCGAUAAGAGGAAGUAUCUGGUCCCCUCGGACAUCACGGUGGCCCAGUUCAUGUGGAUCAUCAGGAAACGGAUCCAGCUGCCGUCGGAGAAGGCCAUCUUCCUGUUCGUAGACAAAACCGUCCCUCAGUCCAGUCUGACCAUGGGGCAGCUAUACGAGAAGGAGAAGGACGAAGACGGCUUCCUGUACGUGGCCUACAGCGGAGAGAACACGUUCGGAUUUUGAAGCCUCUGCAUCGACGGCCACGCCCACCUGAACCACAUUAGUCCCGCCCACUCCGCACCGUGCCCCACCCACUCCCGCCUCUGGAAGUUUCCCCUCAGACUGAGCGCGACUGCACUGCUCGAGUACCGUGUUUGGAAGUGUGGAUGAACCAUCGUCGCAUUAAUUAUGAAAACGUCUGCAUCGUAUCUGUAGUGUCACCCAUAUCGUACCGUAUUAUGAAACACAGUAGCGUUAGAUCGACUCAUUAAGUGAUAUUUUUGUGAAUGGUAUUGCAGUAUUAUUAGAGGUGCUUAAUAUUGUUGUUUUAAGCGAUAAUAUACAGUAAUAAUAACUUUUAAAGGUUUAAUUUAUCUUUUUUCCCUGUAUAAAAGUAUAUUUAAGAAAAAUAUUUGAACGGUAAGGUAGCUGGAUGACCUAACCAAUAAAAAAAUAAAAACACCAA